GCGCCCCGCUCUCAUUGUGCAGCGGAGGAAGAAGCUUCGGAAGGUUCGACGACGUCGGUAUGAAAUGGCAGAAAGUGGCCGCGCCGCGGAAGCACCGAGACUAGGCUGCGUAGGAGCUGCAUGUGUUCACCGUGGAGCCCCCGGCCUGCAGGUCAACUGAUAGCUAACGACUGUUAGCUCUUCGGCGGGGAGGGGGGACGGGGGGGGAGACUUGGAUUAAAGACCACCAGGAUUUCCUGCCUUUAAACACCCGUCCAGCCUGCGUCUGACGGAGGCAGCAGGCGGCGGCUGCGCGGCGAGACUCCUGGAAUCAACCGGACAGGGAUCUCAAGAGGCCUGCUCUUCUUGCAUGCCAAGGCGCAGCGUUUGACCAAGGUGUCAUCAUGAACCGGAACAAGCGUGAAAAGGAGUAUUACAGCAUAGAUGUGGGGGAUUCAACUUUUACGGUCUUGAAGCGCUACCAGAACCUCAGACCCAUUGGAUCUGGAGCGCAAGGAAUCGUCUGCUCGGCGUACGACCAUAACUUGGAGAAGAACGUGGCCAUCAAGAAGCUGAGCCGGCCCUUUCAGAAUCAGACCCAUGCCAAACGCGCCUACAGAGAACUGGUGCUGAUGAAAUGUGUCAACCACAAGAACAUCAUCGGCCUAUUAAACGUUUUCACACCACAGAAGACACUAGAGGAGUUCCAAGAUGUGUAUCUGGUGAUGGAGCUGAUGGACGCUAACCUCUGUCAGGUGAUCCAGAUGGAGCUGGACCAUGAGAGGCUGUCCUACCUGCUCUACCAGAUGCUGUGUGGAAUCAAACACCUGCACGCCGCAGGCAUCAUUCACAGGGACCUGAAGCCCAGUAACAUCGUGGUGAAGUCUGACUGCACCCUGAAGAUCCUGGACUUCGGUCUGGCCCGGACCGCCGCCACCGGCCUGCUCAUGACGCCCUACGUAGUGACCCGUUAUUACCGCGCCCCUGAGGUCAUCCUGGGCAUGGGUUACCAGGCCAACGUUGAUGUCUGGUCUGUUGGAUGCAUCAUGGCUGAAAUGGUCCGAGGUAGUGUGUUGUUUCCAGGCUCUGAUCAUAUUGAUCAGUGGAACAAGGUCAUCGAGCAGCUGGGGACGCCGUCUCAGGAGUUCCUCAUGAAGCUCAACCAGUCGGUGAGGACCUACGUGGAGAACCGGCCGCGUUACGCUGGCUACAGCUUUGAGAAGCUCUUCCCUGAUGUCCUGUUUCCUGCAGACUCUGAACACAACAAGCUGAAAGCGAGCCAAGCCAGGGAUCUGCUAUCCAAAAUGCUGGUAAUAGACGCUUCCAAGCGGAUCUCUGUGGACGAGGCUCUGCAGCACCCCUACAUUAACGUGUGGUACGAUCCCACUGAAGUGGAAGCACCGCCGCCUGCGAUCACAGACAAGCAGCUGGAUGAGCGAGAGCACACGGUGGAGGAGUGGAAAGAGUUAAUCUAUAAAGAAGUGCUGGACUGGGAGGAAAGGACAAAGAAUGGCGUCAUCAGGGGACAGCCGGCAUCUAUAGCACAGGUGCAGCAAUGAGCAGCAGCCACCAGCACCCCCCCUCCACGUCCUCGUCCGCCUCCACCAACGACGUCUCCUCCGACCCGACCCCGACCGACACGGACAGCAGCCUGGACACGGCCCGCGCCGCCGCGGGCCCCGUGGGCUGCUGCAGAUGAUGGCCCCGCCCACCCGGCGCCGGUCCUGCUCCCCGGUCACAGCGGCUCCUCGCUGGUCCCUCCCUCUCUCCUCCCCUCCUGCUCGUCUCUGGUAGUAUAGCAUAUUAGUCAGAUAGCUGUGUAAGAAAUAUUUCUAAAGAACAGAUCUUUGUCUUUUCUUUGAAAAUAAUCAUCCAUAGAUUCUUUUAUUAUUUUGUUCAAAAGAUUUUAUUUUCUCUAAUUUAUUGUUUCUUUGUCAGAAACCAGAUCUGGUUUGAAUUCAGUUUGUAGCGCCGGUAGGAUCUGAGAAAUGUCAUAAACGGAUGAAUUUUUCUCUGUUUUUAUCUUCGACAGCUUGCCAUACAUUCACAGAUUAAGUUUGUACAGAUUUGACCGUAGAUGGAGGUUUUAUCUUUAUUACCAAUAUUCUGUGAGUCCUUGGAUCCCAGAUUAUUUUCUCCUGGAUGGUUUUGUCUAAAAUAUUAUGGAUAUUGUUUUUUUUGUUUGUUUGUUUUUUUAUUAUUUGCUGAUGACACAUCCUUUUAUUAGAGACAAGGUCAGUUAGAUUUAUUGUAAAAAAAA